AUGGACGCCAUCAAGCGAUCCAAGAACGAGUGGUGGAAGACCGAGCAGGACCGAAAGGGCAAGCACCUCGAACGGAAGCCCGCGUCCCUGCGCGAUGCCGUCAUUCCAGGCGUGCGCAACAAAAUCACCGACGUCGAGAGCGCCAAGCGUGCGUUGAUCAGGCCCGAACGCGAAGGCUUCCUGAUCAAGCAGGGCGCCAGCGUCAGGACCUGGAAGAGACAGUGGUGUGUCGUCUCCGAGGGUCGCCUGUACUACUUCAAAACACCCAACGACGAUACGGCUGCUGGGUUCGUCGCGCUGGAGGAUUCUGCGGUGGAGCGGUCGGCCGUCGGCGGCUUCUGCCUGGAGAUCGUCACGCGGGAACGGCGCCACUUCUUCCGCGCCAACGACCGCGAAGACAUGGAGGCCUGGAUAUCCGUCAUCAGGCUCUCUGCGUCGAAGAAGGUCGAAUCCGUACCGGUACCGCCACCGUCGCUACUCGCUCGCUGA